CUGUAAUAUGGCCAUAUUGAAGAGAGCGCUGCAGCUGUUUGGACCCUCCGCCACCUCACUUCAGUUAUGGAGCGCCUCACGCACCGCAGCCGGACACCAACGCGAGCCGCCGACAGAAUGAGACUAAACCGCAGUGUAGCCGCCGGUCCCGGCCAUGCUUCACCUUCUGCUCUCAAUGACGAUUUAGCUUAUUAUUUCUGCUUUGGGUUUUUGCUGAAUUCGAGCAAUACGUUUGAGGCAAUGCGUCGUCACAGGUAAACAAAAGAUAGGGACGGAGGCCAUGGUCAGAUACGGCAAACGGACAGACACUAGAGGCUUGGUUAUUUUUAUUAGGAGAAUAGAUAUAUGGUCAGUGUGUGAGAGUGGAUUGUAUAUGAGUAGGUUAGACUAGAAAUAGACACUGGACUGUAUACGUCCAUAAUUAUUAGAAAUAUCAUAUUCAUAAUUUUCUAUUCAGAUUAAUUAGUGUUUAUUGUAAUAUGCCUAGUUACAUGUAUGUGGUAUACCAGUUUACACACAAUACCCCAUACAUUCAUAAUUGUCCAAUAUGGCUCAUAUCUUUUUAGCCCAGUAAUAGCUUCAGAGAACCCUGAUUACUUACCUUACCUCUAGGUAGACACCUUGGCGACAAUGAGGCAAGUGAGCCAUCACUGACAAUCAUAGGCUGCAUUUUAUAUGUUAACCUAUACCUUUCAUAUUUAUUUAUUUAUUUAUUGAUCAUUAUAGGCUCUUAUAACCAGGCCUAUUAGUAUUACAACCUAUUAUUAAUAUUCCAGAACUAGCUAUUUAGAUAAAAUAGUUUGAAAACUGUUAUCUGAUGUCCUGUGAGGACAUGGAGGUCGGAGCCGAGUGCUCUGGGGAGAAGCAGAGAGCAGGUCAGCUCAAUUCGGCUUCUCCUCCGGCGGCGAGCAGCGUGGGUCAGCUCGGCUCAGGCGUCAAGAAACACCAGCACAAACACAACCUGAAACACCGCUACGAGCUGCUGGAGACGCUGGGCAGAGGCACCUAUGGAAAAGUGAAGAAAGCCAUCGAGAGGCAUUCAGGCAGAGUGGUUGCUAUAAAGUCCAUCAAGAAGGAAAAAAUCAAGGAUGAGCAGGACAUGGUGCACAUCCGUCGGGAGAUUGAGAUCAUGUCAUCCCUCCGACACCCCCACAUCAUUUCUAUAUAUGAAGUGUUCGAGAACAAAGACAAGAUUGUGAUUGUAAUGGAGUAUGCCAGUAAGGGAGAGCUGUAUGACUACAUCAGCGAGCGCCGACGACUAACCGAGAGGGAGACUCGCCACUUCUUUAGGCAGAUUGUGUCUGCUGUGCACUACUGCCACAAGAAUGGUGUGGUGCAUAGGGAUCUAAAACUGGAAAACGUGUUGCUGGAUGAUAACUGUAAUAUAAAGAUUGCUGACUUUGGUCUGUCCAACCUGUACCAUAAGGACAAACUCUUGCAGACCUUCUGUGGUAGCCCGCUGUAUGCAUCUCCAGAGAUCGUCAACGGAAGACCUUACCGAGGCCCUGAGGUGGAUAGCUGGGCACUGGGAGUGCUGCUUUAUACUCUGGUGUAUGGUACAAUGCCAUUUGAUGGGGGAGACCACAAGAAUCUCAUUCGCCAAAUCAGCAAUGGUGAAUACAAAGAGCCAACUCAAUCAUCAGAUGCUCGUGGCCUCAUUCGCUGGAUGCUAAUGGUAAAUCCAGAUCGGAGGGCUACAGUGGAGGACAUAGCUAACCACUGGUGGGUAAACUGGGGCUGGAAGACCAGUGUGUGUGACUGCGAGAGCCAACGUGACACCGGCUCUCCCAUGCUGGCUCGCCUCCUCGACUGGCAGAGUCGCACAGAGCCACGAGUAUCCAAAGGCACCCGGCCUGAGCCGCUCCUGCACAUCCGUCAACGGCCUAAGAAGAGCAAAAAGGAGAACGAUGCAGGCGUACCCCAAUGUGACGAUGACGACAGCCUGGGCCUGAAAAGACCGAAGGGCAUCCUCAAGACAAGGACUUUAGAGGAGCAGCACUCAUCCAGCCAAGAGGACAUUGAACUGAUGCCUGGAACUGGCGACGUGGAAAAGGAAGUGGGGUCUCCAGCAGGCCAAGAGGAAGAGGAAUCCACGCUCACAAGUGGAACUGUUUUCAAGGUGGCGUCUGUCCUUCCUAAAAAGGGCAUCCUGAAGAACAAGCAGCAACGGGAAUCAGGGUACUACUCCUCUCCUGAGCGCAGCGAAUCCUCUGACCUGCUUGGUAACAGCAGCAUUACACCUCUGUGUGCCAGUUCACCCCCGAAGCGCGCUGUAGGCAGGAAGAGCAUUUUAAAACGUAAUGGGAAGUACUCCACCUACAGUGCCGCACCUUCUGUUUCUGCUCUUGGUGAGACUCCAUCAAGUGAUUUAGGUCUGUGGCGUAGCCAAAGCCGACCAUCCAGCAUCGUCGGAGAAGACAGCAGCGUACUGACCAACACCUCUUUCAGCGGAGCAGAGUGGCCCCAGAUUAGCCAGAGGCCCAACAUCCGAGGCUGUGCGUCUGCUGAUAACCUGCUUCAGCUGGCCAACUUCAAGGGUCUGCAGGCAGCUCCGACCCAGCACGGAGGGAAAUUUGGCCGGGGGCCACACGGCUCACCUGGGGACAACAGCAGUUUCUCCCUGCUGGGAGACCUGGACGAUGUGACUCAGGUGUACCAGCAAGCCCUGGAUAUUAGCAGCAACUUGGUGUAAGAGAGCAGGUGAGGGUGAUACUCAGAGAAGGCAGAGAGAAUGUAUGCAGGUGUGUUUGUUUUGUGUAUCUCUGACGACCAGUUGCGAUGCUGGGAUCUGAUUAAGAGGCUGAACGGAUUGAAUUGAGGGGGUUAUACACUGCCAAACAUACACCAUGCCAGUUUAGAGAUUUUGUGAAGUAAGGAGGUUAUAGUUGGUCCUCUGGUGCCCUCAAUCCUCACGAAGACCAGUGCUGAGUACAAAUGUUUACAUGUUAAGCAAAGGUGAGUUUGAAUCACACAUACAGUUGAAGGCUCUGAAGCCAAACCAAGAGCCAAGCUGAGUUUACAAAAGCACCUUAAAACUCACAGAGCACAUGUUGUGAUCUUUACUUCCUGUAAAAAAAAAAAGAAAACCAGGGUCUUGCUUAAAGAAGAACUGUCUUUGUCAUUUAUUUAUUAUUAUUUUGCGGUAUUUAGCGAUACAGAACUGGUGUGGUCUGACUGUACUGGAAAAGUAGGAAACUCAGUCUCUCCUUUGGAACUGACAUAUAUAAUGCCAUAAUAAGGCCAUAUAUAUUACGACCGACUCUUACAGGUCUUAUAUCCAGACAUGUAUGUAUGGGAAUAUGUAAAAAGUGCCUUUUUAACUGAUAUGAAAUUAUGUAUGUCAUUUCCGUAAAGCGGAGAGCACGUAAAGCCAUCCCCAGAUGUGCUAAACUGCUUAUAUGUUGAAUGUUAAGAGACCCAGGACCUUAGACAACCUCUGGAAGCCUUUAUGUUGGCAUACAUGACCAGCUAACACAUCUUUCAGGUCCGUAUUAGUUUGAGGAAACAUUGCUUUAAGAAUGAUCAUGAGUGGGCCACAGUUUCUAAAGCUUCUAACCCAUUUAGACCUCUAAAUACUACACACAAUGACCUUUUCAUAUUCUGUUGCCAUGCCUAGGGCUAGCAUUGUAUUUUCCUCUAUGGGUUCCUGCCUGAGCUGCUUCUUUAUGGAUGUGAAUUGAUGGUUAAUACUUCUGGAUGCAAUCAUUUUUGAAGAGUCUUUAUACAGGGUCGAAUUCUCGGUUUCCAAAGAUGUAAUAGGUUAAAGCAGUCCGUUUGGACAAUUCCAUUGUUGUUCAGGGACAGCUUACUAUCUAAGAAAUCCCCUUACUGACUGAAACAUAUAGACCUUAAUGCAUUGGUGCAACUUGUAAGCCCAGCUUUUUACAUUAUUGUGACAAGGUUAGGAACCAGUGAUACAGAAUCCUAGGUUUUCCUUAUUAUCCAAUUGCAGUGCUGAAUGUAACCCUAUUGAUCAGAUCUACCAAAAUGUCAUGCAGUUAGUAAAUUAUCUGUAAAUGCAAACACUCAGUGGUGAUUUAGCAAAUACCAAAGACUCACAGUUGUAUGUGUUGUAUGUAUUUUUAAUCUUGUAUCAGUUAAGAUGAUGAGAUAAUGAGGAGGAUGUUGAUUUAUUUGAAGUGUACUUGUGAAGAUUUAUUUGGUUUGGAGUUGUAGAAGGUAAGUAAGUGGAUAUUUUGGGAAGAUUUUGAGAAGUGUAAGCGUAAAAGAUGGUUAAUGAAAGUCAUGUUUGCAAGUAAGCUGGUUUUCUGAAUGAUUUGCUGGAAGUGACAGCUUUACAUGAAGAAGGAUGUUAGCAAGUGUUAAAGUAGCACGAAGAGUUAGGUAGGAAUAAGUAAGUAGAGAGUCGUUAUGUUUGAUGCAAUGUGUGGUGAACCAGACGUUCGAGACAGAAGAAUCUAUGCACCAUGCCUGUGUUGAAGAUGAAUGAGAUUUUUCUAUUGACUUGCUCAGUUUAUGUUUGUUCAGCCCCAACACAAGUCCAACAUCAUUAAUAACAGUUAAUAUUGCUUGCAGCAGCACAGCUGAACGAGAUGAAUAUCUAGCCCAGUGUAGGAAGUGCACGUAUCACAUUCAUUUCCCACACUACAAACUGACUAACAUCUGUAGGACAUAUGAAGGCUUUUUGUGCAACAGAGGUCCUGGGUACUUGUAUUGCAUUUUUUUAUAUUGCAUUGUAUUGUCAACUGGAUUCACAGUGAAGAAAUUAUACUAUGUUAGUAUUUCAUUUAAUUACAUUUCAGUUUUUGAUUCUCCAAAAUAUUGAAUCAUUGAAAAUAUUGAAAUAUUAUCAUUUUGUGUUGUUUUAAAUGGCAGAAACAUGGAUGCAGCAGUCACUAACUUGUCUACAAUCAAUAUUUCCUAAAAUUAGAGUAGUCUCAGUUUUUUCUAUUUCAUUUUCAUCAACUGUGUCAUCCUGGGUAGGGUCAUGUCAGGUCACAAGGUAGAAAUUACCUGGACAGGGUGCCAGUCCAUUACAAGGCUUGGCCACCAUUCUCCCCUCAGACUUAGCCAAUCAUGUCUGUAUAGCAAUAGCGCCUCUGAACCUGAAUCCCACCGGUAGUGCCGCUAACCUUAUAAGACAUGAACAAUUCUAUAAAUCACCCUAAAGUGCCAUACCACUGUGUCAUCAGUACACAAUUCAACAAGCAAGAAAAUCAGGCUAUGCAUUAGUUGAUUAGCUACAAACAUGCUUUCUGCCAAACUGGAAUUAACUGGUGCAUAUCUGUUAGUUAGCAGAAAGUCUACUUAUAGGAAAACUUGACUGGAUGUUGUUAUUAACAAUAAAAGAUGGUAUAAUUGUUAUUUAAGUAUUAUUUUUGUUAUGAUUUAUUACUAUUGUUGGCUAAAGCCAAAAUUAUCUAUUUUUUCCCAUUUUAUUAUUUGAAAACUUGGACUGCCAAGGUGUUUUGUUUAGUGCCUUUGCUAUCUUUAUGAUCAUUUUUAAUUUUUGAUUAUAACAAUUAUGUUUUUAUACUGUAUUUAUUGGUAGCGAAGCCAUUUUUUUUCAUCUAAUGCCACUCCAUGCUUUGUCUGUGGUUGGAUGUCAGUAUGUUUAGAUACGAACAGACUUGACGGCCUGUGAAAAUGGCUAGAAAAGAAGAGGGGAGUGCAUGGAAUGCAGUUAUUUCAUCGUGGUUUUAUUUCAGGUUUUAAGUGAUGAUGAGGCCUAUGUUUAGGUGGGAAAUUAUAAACAUCUGUAUGUCCAAAUUACGCCACUGUAAAACCAACUCAGUAAUAAAAUAAAUCAUUUUAAGGUA